AUGUUAGAUGAAAACAAAACGGCAGGAUUGCUACUCUUCUUCUUAGGAAUAGCAUCAGGGACAUUUAUUGGCUUCCUCUUUCAAGGCUAUGGCAUAUACAAGUUAUUUUUCUCCUUCCUGCCGAAUAUUGUUAAUUUUGUGAAAUAUUCCCCCCUCAGUUUUAUUCUGGAAAUUCCGGGCAUAAAGCAGCUGGCUGAUUACAUCAUGAAUAAUAAGCGCCUGCCGAUUUGA